GAAGAAGAAGAAGAAGAAGAAGAAGAAGAAGAAGAAGAAGAAGAAGAGAUGGCGCCUAUGAAGGUGUACGGCUGGGCGGUGUCGCCGUGGAUGGCGCGGGUCCUCGUGUGCCUGGAGGAGGCCGGCGCCGAGUACGAUUUCGUGCCCAUGAGCAGGAACGGCGGCGACCACCGGCUGCCGGAGCACCUCGCCAGAAACCCCUUCGGCGAGAUCCCGGUGCUGGAGGACGGCGAUCUGACGCUCUACCAAUCCCGUGCCAUCGCAAGGCAUAUUCUGCGCAAAUGCAAGCCCGAGUUUCUAGGAGCGGGCAGCCUCAAGGAGUCGGCGAUGGUGGACGUAUGGGUCGACGUGGAUGCCCACCAGCUUGAGCCCGUACUCAAGCCCAUCGUGUUUAACUGCAUCAUCAACCCGUUCGUCGGGAGGGACGUCGACCAGGGCCUCGUCGAUGAGAGCGUCGAGAAGCUCAAGAAGCUGUUGGAGGUGUAUGAGGCGAGGCUGUCAAGCAACAAGUACUUGGCCGGUGAUUUCGUCAGCUUCGCCGACCUCACCCAUUUCUCCUUCAUGCGCUAUUUCAUGGCGACGGAGCAUGCGGUUGUGCUCGAUGUGUAUCCGCACGUAAAGGCAUGGUGGGAGGCGCUGCUGGCAAGGCCGUCGGUCAAGAAGGUGAUAGCUGGCAUGCCUCCGGACUUUGGAUUCGGGAGCGGGAACAUACCAUGAUAAGGCAUAUGCUUUGUGUGCUUGUGAUGCUCUAAUCAUCUCUACCCAACCCACGAGCAAUAAAGUAAGCAAAGUGUGGGUGUGGGUAUGAAAUAACUUGUUUCGGUGAAUUGUUUCCUAAUACCAAUUAGAAUUGAUUCUCAAAAAAAGUAAGUUCAAGGUCUAUGCCCUCUAUUUCUGUCAGCAGUACCAUGGUUUUCACACCAAUGUUGUUGCAAAGUCUCUACUAUUACUUAAAAAGAAUGUAAGGUUCCGUUUCA